ACCGCCGCCCGCCGCAGCCGACCGAGCGGGGCUCAGCCGGGCCGCCGUGCCCGUCCCUUCCCUGUCCCCGUCCCCGUCCCCAUCCCGCUCCUUGCUGCCCGUGCUGCCGGGCGCCCGCGGCCGGCCCGCAGCGCAGCGCGGCGCGGCGCAGCUCCGGAUGAAUGAAGAAAAUACAUCCUAUGAAGAGUAAAAGUACUUGAUUCUGGGAAGACUCUUGCAGCACUUCUAACUUUAAAGCUGGAGAAAAGUAUGAAGGAACAGUCCGUCUGACUCCCUCAUCAUCUUGCAGAGAACUCAAAAUGGCUCUUCAGAAAAAAACUGUUUUUGGUGUCUUGGAGGAGUGGUGUUUGGCAGAACCGCUGUUUGGUUGCAGGUGGCACCAGAAUGUCAGGAAAAAACUGAGACUGAUACGGAUUGUAGGGCUCCUUGUCAGUGUAGUGGCCAUUAGUACUUUCUCGCUUUCAAUGAGUGCCUUUUUCGAGAUGGAACCACGUAGCAUGGCGCUGGCCAGCAGCCUAGGUAGCCAAAAGCUGGUGCAUGGGCACCAAAGAACUCUCUUGGAUUUCACAGAACAGAAUGAAAACGGCACUCCAGAUCCACAUGCUGCUAUGAAACACGAAGCUGGGCACGACAAUGAAACAGAUGAUCAUGCGAAGGGAGAGUACCCCGAGGACCUUUUCUCUCUUGAGGAGAGAAGACAGGGAGCAGUGAUCCUCCAUAUAAUUGGAAUGAUUUACAUGUUCAUAGCCUUAGCCAUAGUCUGUGAUGAGUUCUUUGUUCCUUCCUUGACUGUCAUCACUGAAAAACUGGCCAUUUCUGAGGAUGUGGCAGGGGCAACCUUCAUGGCUGCUGGUGGAUCAGCCCCAGAACUCUUCACUUCUUUGAUAGGAGUGUUUAUAUCCCACAGCAACGUUGGCAUUGGUACCAUAGUGGGAUCUGCCGUGUUCAAUAUCCUAUUUGUUAUUGGAAUGUGUGCUUUAUUUUCUAAAGAGAUCUUGAACCUUACUUGGUGGCCACUCUUUCGAGAUAUGUCCUUUUACAUCAUUGACUUGAUCUUGCUAAUCAUCUUUUUUCUGGAUAACUUCAUAAUGUGGUGGGAAAGCGUAACACUCCUGACAGCAUAUUUUUCCUAUGUGACAUUUAUGAAGUUCAAUGUCCAAGUAGAAGAAUUGGUGAAGAAAUUUUUAAACAGGAACAAGGUUGAGAAGGUAACAACAGAUGCUGAAGGGAAGUCCCCUAAUGCUGGAGACAAGGAUGACCAGACAUUGACGACCAAGCCACGUCUCCAGCGGGGAGGAAGCUCUGCAUCUCUCCACAACAGUCUGAUGAGGAACAGCAUCUUCCAGCUCAUGAUUCACACACUUGACCCACUUGCUGAAGAGCUUGGAUCAUAUGGAAACCUAAAAUAUUAUGACACAAUGACUGAAGAAGGAAAAUUCAAGGAAAGGGCCUCAAUUCUGCAUAAGAUUGCCAAAAAGAAGUGCCAGGUGGAAGACAGUGAAAGGCAGAAUGGAGCUGCUAAUCACGAGAAAGGUGCAAAAGUGGAAGUUGCAGUAACACCACCAAGUGAUUCGGGACCAGUGCAAAAUGGAAUCGCCCAUAAUGUUGAAGAGAAUGAAGAGGAUGAGGAGGAGCAGCCUCUCAGCCUGGCCUGGCCUGAAACCCCACGCAAGCAGGUCACCUAUCUUCUCGUGUUACCCAUUGUUUUCCCUCUGUGGGCUACCCUACCAGACGUCAGAAAACCUACAUCAAGAAAAUUUUUUCCUAUCACGUUUUUUGGCUCUAUCAGCUGGAUUGCCUUCUUUUCUUACUUGAUGGUCUGGUGGGCACACCAGGUUGGAGAGACCAUUGGUAUUACUGAAGAAAUCAUGGGAUUGACUAUUCUAGCUGCUGGCACGUCCAUCCCUGACCUUAUUACCAGUGUUAUUGUAGCACGCAAAGGUCUGGGGGACAUGGCUGUAUCCAGUUCUGUUGGAAGCAACAUAUUUGACAUCACAGUGGGCCUUCCUCUUCCAUGGCUCCUGUAUGCUGUGGUUAACAGCUUUGCCCCGGUGACAGUCAGCAGCAACGGUCUGUUCUGUGCGAUUGUCCUCCUCUUCAUCAUGCUGCUCUUUGUCAUCCUCUCCAUUGCUUCCUGCAAGUGGAGGAUGAAUAAAAUCCUGGGUUUCCUUAUGUUUGGGCUUUAUUUUGUGUUCCUGAUUGUCAGUGUCCUUCUGGAGGACAAAGUGAUCCAGUGUCCUGUCUCCAUCUAGUGGAAAGUGCUGUUUCUCGACAAAAAAAAAGAAAAAACAAAAAACUAACAAACAAACAAAAACAAACAAAAAAAAAGAACAAAAACAAAACAUAUAUCUUUAUUAAAGAGAAGAUAAAAAGAUACAUCUUGUCGAAACAAAACAGCUAAAAGAAACCACAGUGGAAGACUUCAGUGGAAAUAACCCAUGGAUCUGUAAAUUUCCUCUUCCUCAAUUUUAAAAGAGUGAAAGAAAAGGAUACAAAGAGUCGAUCUCAGAGCUGAAGAACGGCUGCUGCUGGACAGUGCAGUAAGACUGAAGGGCUGGGUCCGGUGCACCGAGGGUCUCUCUGCUGCAGAAGAUCCUCUCUGCUUCUGCUCUGCCCACGGUACACACCCGCAGACUUCUCGUUCUCUGAGGGAGUGUGCACAGACACACGGUGUGCUCGCUCUUAAAGCUCUCCUCUUCUAAGGGGAAUGCUAAUAUUAACUUUGUGGAGGCACCACCCCCCCACACCCUGGUACAGGACUUUUCCGAUAACCUGCUGAAUCUCCCGAGUGGAAAGCAUACACCAAGUGAUGAGUCACAAACAGGGAAGGGUGUGUAUGUCUCUUCAUGUAAGUGGAUUUAUAUGAUGUGAUUUCAGCAAAGCCAGGGAAUUCAUCAGUGUUUUGAUCAUCUGCAUCACAGGUCUGUAAAGGCAAUCAGCAGGAUGUUAAUGGUGGUUUUUUCCAUCUUGCAAAACUCUUCAGGUUCCAGAAACUCUGUCUCUGGCGCUGAAGGAGCCAUGAUGCCUGACCAUUUUGUAACUGGUGCAGAUUUUCAUUGCAUUCUCGUGCAAAGACCAGAAUGGGGAUAAUCUUUCUUCUCUAAUAGCAACGCAGCAUGCAGUGACAUCAUACAGCUAUGUGAACACACUUUUUUUUCUAAUGCAGCAAUAUCAACAGUACCAAUGGCUUUCAGAUGCUGUUAUGAGUUUGCCUUUUCAUGCCAGAAUAAAAAGGCUAAUUUGCUUAUGCAUAGUAUUUCAUACAGAAAAUAGAAGUAGUUAUAAAGUGGCAGCCUAAUUGCUAAGUGAAUAUAUACUUUAUAGGCUUUCACUAUUACUUGGAGUGUAAGGACCUUCACAGCUACAUAUAGUUAUUGCUGGAAGAGAUCUCCAGCUGUUGUAUAAAGCUGGGACAGUUCACAUUUGCUGUUAUAAAUCUUGAAACUAGGUAGGAGAAACACAAUUUAAAUACAGUGGAGCUGCAGGAAACUUACAUGAAAAUUCUUCAGUAUUGCUGGAAAUGUGUAUGUCUAAAGAAAUUCAGGAAGGAGUGAAAAUGCAACGUCCUUUUUCUGAGACACUGAGAGAAGGAGAAGGUCCAAACCUAGAGAAACAAACAAACAAACAAACAAAACAAGAAGGGGUAAAGCAACAAAUGUUCAUCUUUCUGUAGUUUGGCUGAUUUUUUUAAAAAUGAAAGGACUGGAGAGAAUGUUAAGAAAUUAUUUCACAUAAUCAUAAUUUGUUUGUUUAAGUCUUUUGUGCAAUUAAGAGUUCAUGAAGUUUCAGUGCAUUUCUGUGACCCGUUUCAGCAUUGUUUUAUAUGUGUAUUGUGCUCACAAAGGCAAUGAUAUUCUCAUCUGUGUAACAGAAGGCUCAGCACAUUUUAUCUCGUCUGUUUUUCUCUGCUCCACACUCUGUUUGUUUCUCACUCAUCCCCUUUGUCCUUUACUGUUUUCCUGUUAUAUAUGUUUGUAUGUAAUGGUGUAUGAUUAGAAAGUAAGGACUUGACAGAAAACAAUGGUAGAGAAAACAGUACAAAAUUAAUACUAGGAAUAUUUAUGAAUAUUACGUGAUAUCAUGAAGAAAAAAAUGAGAUGUUGAUGAAAUAAAGGAAGGAUACUAGGAGUUGCAAUGUCUGCUACUCGUAUAUUGUCCUAAGUCCUAGUUACAUACAGAAUCAGUAUUUGAUCUUAAUCAAACAACAAGCUACAUCUCUUGCUUCUUAGUGCUUUUUAGAGUGUGCUUCUCACAUUGAGAGCAAAAACUUGUCUUUGUAUUCAAGAUCCUCCACUGGUGCAGAAUCCCUGUCUUAACAAUUGUGCUGCCCAUCUCUAAUAUUAGUUCCUAGGGGUGUACCUGAUGGAAAAGUGGGAGUAUGUACACAGCUGUGGUGCCCUCUACUGACACAACAGCGACCUAAAGCAAAUCUGUAGCCCAAAUUCUGACCUCAGCUGAAACGGGCCUCCCAAAAUACAGAGCUGACUCCACAGUACGCUCUAUUCCAGAGGAGUCACCAAAUGCUUUUGUCUGUGAUGACAGUGCUCAAAACAGGCAAUCCUUUCUCAUGCUAGACAAAACACUGAUCUAAAGGAGGGGCUGUGUGUGCGGGCACUUCCAAAAUGCUGUGAUGCCCAGAUUCACUGAUCUAGCAUUUCAAAUGGAGAAACCAGACCAGAGUCCACAAUCUCUGUUUUGUAAACGACUUUUUUUUUUUAACUUUUUUUUUUUUUUCCCCACCACUUCAUGCCAUCAUGGUGUAACAACUCCCACACUGGAAUAGGAAAACUCCUACCUGACUUUCAGAGCCUAAGAGCACUCUCUUGAACUCAGGCCAGAGUAAAUGGCAUCAACAGCUUGUAGGAAGACCUUUAUGUGUACCAUUAGGGACUGGUAUCCUGUAAUGGCAUUUCUGUACUGUCUUAAAAUGUGUCUCGUUUCUUUCCCAAGUCCCUUUGUCCCUAUCACAUAUUUAUCUUGGAAGGUAUUAAAAAUAACUUUUUCUCCUCCAGAAUAAGACACUUCAUGGCUCACUGCCUUCUUUCUGUUGGGCAGAUAAUUUUUCAAAUGGCUGAAUAAUUGUGCCAGUGGAACCUCAGAUCUAGAAGUAGUAUGACAGAUUUCAGCUGUGUGGUGCUUUCUGUGAAGGCUGUCUCUGAGCAGGGUUUGUACUUGCCAAGGCACCUCUCUGCUGCUCGGGUGAGCUGUUAGUGGAUAGCUGGAUGCUGAUGUGCUCUUUGAUUACAAGACAACAGCACUGCUGGCUGGUAGAGGAAAAGAGGAGUGGGAUGCAGGGAGAAGCUUAGCCCCUUAUCCUGUAGAAGGAAUGCAAUCUUAAACUGGAAUGCUGAGAGAACAGUCAAAAACUGUUCCAACCCAGUGACUGGAUGUCAGUGAGUUGUCCAGGUUCAAUGCUGCCAGAAAUGCACACACUUGUUGCAACAUUCCUGUUUUACAGUCUCAGCAAAUUUCUCAGCAUGAAGUGUUUCUCAUUGUUCGUAAUUAUUUCAGUGUUGGAUCAUGAACUCUUCUCAACAUUGCACACCUAGAAGCCAAAGUCCAGUUUCUAUUUUCUUCAGCCAAAGUUCUGAACAACUUCCCUAGGGAUCAGUCCUUCACACUGCCCAAAUUCUGCAGCAAGCUGGUUGGUGUUGAAAGCCUCUUCCACCUGCCUGCAUGCCUGUGCUCACUUACUCAAUUGACACUGCUGUCUGCAUAAUCCUUAUGAAGUGUAAAUGAAUAAUAAAUACAAAAAUUGGCAUUAUGAUAAAGACCCUGUUCUAGCCUAGCUCUUUCAGGACACCAGCUUGGCAACAGGGCAAGUAAGAUAAGAAUGCAACUUCAGAUUGAAUAACCAACCCUCUGUGGCACCAUCAUCUCUGAAUGGAAUCAAUGUAGAGUUUUUGGAAGGGAUUUCCAGUAGCAUUUGAAUAGGAUCACGGUUCAGAUUGUAGCCAGUUUUAAAGGUUUUCUGCACUAACUUCGUUGGAAUUAAAUAUGAGAAUGGGCCCCAUUGGUACAAAAUACCAUUGGAGUUCUACAACUAUUCUCUGUUUUCCCUCUGCAGAAGCCACCCUGGUCACAACUUGGUAAAAGCUAUAAAGUGUGAUUAAAAGUGUGGUGAAGAUUCUCUCCUUAAGAACUAAAUGUAGACAUGGAAAAAUCUUUCAGCAAAGCUCUAUGUAUUUUAAAUUAACUAUUUUACUGAAAGCUAGUGCUUUCUUAUAGUGCAGACAGGCUCUUGUGUCUGUAUGCUUCUGCUUAUGUAUCCAGUUGAUGUGGCUGACUGCAUAAACUUCAUGAAGCAUAAAGCACAGUGGGUGACAAGCAAUCUUAUCUAGGUGUCAUUUGUUUGUAAUGGCAAUGAAUCUACCAUAUAAUUUCCACAUAUACUACUCUAAAGUAGUCUAUGGUCACUGUCACUCAUGGUACUGUUUUGUGUGGAUAUGAAGGUCCACAAAGUGGUAAGUUAAACAUGUAGUUAAUCCAAGUACUGUGAAAAAAUAGAUGCUUAGAAAUAUUAAUAAUGUUUGGGUGUUUUUUAAGGGAUUAUUUCUCUGGUUGUCUUUUACUUCAUUACUUAUUUUGCAAAAAAAAAAAAAGGGGAUAUUCAAUUUAUUUUUUUUUUAAUUAUUAUUCUUUCAGCAGUAAUUCUUUAAAAUAGCAUCUUGUGGUCCAUAUAACUUAUGUUCUGAGUCAAGUAUGAGUCUGUAUCAGAUGGCUUUCUUUAUUUAUAACAAGGAAAUAAUCCCUUCUCUAAGAACUGGCCCAAUGAAAUACAGAAGAAUUCUGCCAUUAGCAUGGACAAGACAGAGAAUUUUAUCUUAGGUACCCAUAUUCCAUAAAUAAUACAUAAUACAUAACAAACCUAAUUGUCCUGGGAGCUAUAUACAAAGAGAUAAAUUACACUCACUUGUAUUUGUGGAAACAUUUUUACCUCUUGUAAAUAACAAUGACACAACUAACUGAGAAAGAGGUUUUGAACAGGUGAUUCUGGUUUUUUUCUGCUAUUUCCGGAAAGUUAAAUGGAGGAAUUUGCACCUGUAAAAAUACUUGCAGAAAGUGAUUUUGAGAUGAUCAAAUGGGAUAGUUUGCACUCAACACUGUGGAGAAGAAUCCUGCUCCAGUCCUUCAACAGCCAUGGGUUUCAUUCCUGGUUGAUGUUAAAAUUAUCCUUCUUGGGUCUGUUGCCAUCAGUUACAGCAAUAUCGGUAUUUGAUAUCCAUAAUUUCCAUUGGAACUGGGGAGCGUCACUUCCAAAUUGAAGUUCUGCAGUUCAGUGCACCCAUCAGAUACAGCAGUGACGAAUGGCUCACAGCCCUGUAGCCCAGACAGGCCAUCCUGCAGGUCUGCAGAGUGUUGGGUGUGCAGCAUCCCAGCGCUCGUCUGCCUGGGCUGCAGUGGUUCGAGCCUUCCCCUGCCUGUGCUCCUGCCUCAGCAGAUGCAAGCUGUGUCUCCUCCAGAAGUCAUGUCACCACACUAGCAUGGCUCUGAGCCCGUGCUCCAGCCAGCCAGGCACAGGUCAGCCCCAGCCUAGAAGCCAUGUAAUCCCUUGGAGUGUGGGUAGCCCAGACACGUAAUUGCCCAUAUCCUUCUACAUGAGCCAUAAGUGAAACAGCCCAGGACAAGACUAAUUAAAGAUUGGUAAAUGAACUGUACAUUCAUGUAGAUUUAUUGUAAAUUCACCACUCAUCAAACAUAAAACCGAUCCCAACAAUGAAAUUUGUACACAUUUUUAAAGAUCGUGCACUUUACUAUUUUAUUUUUAUUUUUAUUUUAUGUCACAUAGUUGUCUUAAUGCAAAAAGAAGCCAUAAAAACCCAGAAGACUAGUAUGGGGUUUCUAAGUAAGGGGAUCAUUAAUUUUAAAGUAAAGAAUCAAUUCCAUGUCUCUAUUUAAGGUAUAAUGUCAAAUACUGACAAAUAAAUGUACAGCAAAGCAGGAUCUGGUUUUGCCUUAGUGAUGCUGUGAGUAAUUUGGGGGAGUUUGCUCCUCAUCCUCUUGAGUUUUCCUGUGGGGCUGUACAAAAUGCUGCACACUACCUUUGCAGUAGGGACUCAAUCCUGCUACCCUUGUUCACCCCAGGAGAAGGAAUAAAAUGCUUGCAAAGUCAGGCCCAAUGAAGCAAUUAAAUCAUUCUGCUACUCUGAUAUUUUCUCCCACUGAGAUCACAGUAAAGGAAGCUCUUUAUGUUUUGUAAGUUUAUAAGAGAUGAGUUGCUUCUGUCAGUUUUUCAAAAAGUUUUCAGGGUCAGGUUAUCCAAUAGAAAUCAAUGAUUGAUUUUAAUCCCUUAACAAAAUUAAAUAAUACCAAAGGAUUUCACUUUGUUUUGUGUUCAUUUCCAUUAUCAAGAUCUAAUUGCAGUUCUAAUUUUGCAAACCUGACUCUGACUUACAUGAAUUAAAAUUAAUUCUGUCACUUAAGAUGGCAAGAUCAAGACAUGGUAUUGCAAUGUGAAAAUAGUAGUGUGUUAUAACCGACAAUCAGAUGCUAUUUUUGUAAUAAAGUGUUUUUAGUAUGUUUGUUUCACUUUGUAGUUUUCAUACUGUUAUCAUCCCUCAUUUUCAGCCUAUUGUAAGAAAAAAUCUGAAGUCCCCCAUCUUUACUCAUUUCAAACUUUAAAAGUAAAAAUACAUUGUCACUUAUUUUUUAUUUUCCAAGACCAGGCAACUCCCUGAAAAUUUCUGGUUUUCUCAUGUGUUUAAGUGUAUGGAUCAUUAUUCACUAGAUGAUACUCUUGUAUGUCUGAAUCAGUAUAUUCUUUGUGAAUAUAAGUUUGUAUAUAGUAUGAAAGUUACCUUUAUUUGUACAUAGGCUCUUGGAAAUAAUCCCUUCUAUCAAGGUCCUACUUCACUAUCUACAGAAUGUUUCACUGUGGUGUGUACACUUUCUCACCUUACCACAUUAAUACAGAGUUCUUAAGAUAAAUCACUUAAUGUAACUGGGUUGUCUAAGUGUGAAUAACAAUAACAACA